AUGGCGAGAGCUACCUCCUCUUCUCUGCUGUUACUUUCCCUGGUGUUCGCUCUGUGGGAUUUCUCCCCCGUGGCGGGGCAGUCCACGACGUUGACGGUGGCGGGCCCCAACUCGACGGCGACCCCGCGCCUGGCGGGAGCGAACGCUCUGGACAUCACCUUUGAUCCCCCGGUUGUGCAGGUCACGGGCGUUUUGACCGUGGACGUGUUGGCCUGCGGGCUCGUGCCAGGACUCCCAACCAACGCCGCCAUUGGCAGCACCAGUCUGAUGACCGCCCCCCCGACAGUCACCGCCAGUGCAACGGCGCGCGGCACCAACAUCGGGUCGCUCACCAUCAGCGGGGCCAGCCUCAACGUCUCCACGCCGACGUUCCCGAUCAACCAGACGGACGGCACGUACACGGUGGCCCCCAACAGCGGGACCGUGGUCCACGUGGCGCGCGCCAACGGGUCGCUGACCGGCAAGCCCUUCGACGAGUCCGGCAUCAACAUCGUGUUCCAGAGCGGGGGCACCCUGCCGGCCGUGCAGAUCACCGGCACCUUCCGACCGCUGCCUCCAGGGCUGCUGGAGAUGACAGCAACGAGCACCGUUCAAGUCCCCCUCAACCAGGUCGUGACUGCGGUGGGGCUGGGCGGCAGCGAGCUGGUGCGCAACGACACGGCGGGCGGCUCCAUCCAACUCGUCUUCAGCCUCGUCGCGACGGGCCCUGACCCUUGCUUGGACCCUGAAUGCCAGAAAUGCUAAAGGCUCUGGCAGGCGCCAGACAAGCGUAUAC